AGUCUGCGCGAGUGGGAGUUGAAGCGAGUCGCUCGGCUCGCUGCAUUCAACCGUUCGGUGCGGCACUCCCCGGUGUAGCGCUCCGCUCGCACGCCACACGGUCCGGAGCCACGGCCGCGCUGCUUCUGGUUUUCUACUCAUCGGAAGACAAAAAACCACACACACACACGUACACACACACUCACACACACACACACGCACACACGCGGGACGUCAGCGCCAUUCGGAAUACGCGGAAUUGGACCCCGUUCGGAGGCGACCGCCGGGAGCGGAGAGCGGCCAUGGAGCGCGGCGUGUGAGAGAGAGAGAGAGAGAGAGAGAGAGAGAGAGAGCGAGAGAGAGAGAGAGAGCGGGAGAGAGAGAGAGAGCGAGAGAGAGAGAGAGAGAGAGAGCGCGGAGGCUGUUGGAACGGCGUGCUCCGACCAGACCAACAUGGCGCUGCCGCUGCUGCUGCGAGGACCGGGAGAGCCGAAUUAAUCCCCGCCACCCCGGACCCUUCCCUCAUCACACCCGGGACCCUCCAACCAGCAAGGAUCCUUUUUUUGUCUUUUUGAAUCUUUCGGAAUUUGUCACUUCUACGAUCUGGUCUUUCUUCUUCCGCUGGUUUCCCUCUCCGCGCAGGAUUGUCGCGUUGCCCUGUAUGGUUUUAUGGAAAUCCAAAGUGACAUUUGCGAGAAAACAACAAAAAAAAAGAGAGAAAAAGUCCGCUGAAGAGAUAAUGGGGAGAGUUGCCUGUACGCAGCAGAUAUAGAGAAGAAGAAGAAGAAGAAGAAAAAAAGGAGUUGUUUUAUUGAACACAUGCUUUAGUUCGGUGACAAGUGGAUAACCUGUUAGAGGUGUCGGCUUUAGGACAGACUGGCCGGAACCAGGCUGCGAGUCAACGUAACGCACGGAUCAGCGCUCUCGCACUUAACUUGGCAAAACAGGAACAAGGCGUCGAGCUGGGUGCAGAGACGACGGCUGGAAAUACUGCACACUACCCAGGACAACAUCUGUUCGUGAUGUCUCUGCUGAGAAACCAAGCAACCUGGAACUAAGACAAGAGAACCACAUCACGCAAAAUAUGGUGGAUGCAAGGUUAACGCCGCUGGCAGCUAUGGGGCUUGACCGAGGGACUCUAAUGCGCGACGGUCUUCGCCUUCACAGUGGGGUGGUGUACCCAGGGAUACGAGCGCUGCCAACAGAGAAGAGUCGUGAAGGAGCGGCUCUCCCCCUCGGGUAUGGAAGGGACGGUCUCCCCGAGCUCAUUUACAAGCCUGAUGGCUCUAUGGACAGUCGCAAGCCCACCAAUGGAUACCUGGGCCUCUACAAGGGCACCCCGCCACCCCUCCACAAACCCAUGCUGGUGCCUGGGGCUGAAGGCCUCGGCCUUGAGCGCAGAGGAGUGGGCCCGGGUGAGAAGCCGUCUGAAAUGAGCUUGGCAGGCCCUGGUAGCAGCUACCUCCGUCUGCCUUGGCUCAGCCCCUACCAUGAAGCAAGCAUGUAUCCCUUUAUGGAAUCCUCCAAGUACGCAGCUUUGAACAUGUACAAAGCCUCCCUGCUCAGCCAACCAAGCCCCUAUCUGCCCCAGCACCUGGCCUACCAGUCUCUGUGUGCUGCCCAGGGCAGCACUGUGAACCCUGCUACCGCAGCCUCUACAGCUGAAAGGCUCUACUAUAUGUCUCCCUACCCUCCCUCCCCCAUCUCUUCCCCCCUGGUGGCUCCUCCUAUGAGGAUCCCCACUGUUACAGUGGCCCCCACUUCUCUGGUGCACUGCCAGGACAAGGGGCUAAAUGUCGGCUCUCCCUAUGGACAGCAGCUCCACCAACCAUCCUCUCUCCCUCAGCACCAGCAGACCAUCGCUGACAGGGACAGAUCUCCCAGUAGGUGCAGCAAACCAAGCAGGCCCACCUCCAGUAAGGGUGCCAGCAGCAGCAACAACAGUAGUAAUAGUAUUUCUAGUGGUGGUAGUAAUGGUGCUGGCAGUAACAGUGGUGCAAAUGGCAGCAGCCUUCCCAUUGAUUCUUCUCCUCAUGCCUCUUCUCGCCUCCCCCAGCCUCCACCUCCUGCUCUCAUUGACAGUUCCCUGGACUUACAAAGACCAGUUCCUAGAAUAGUGCAGCCACCCACCUCCUCCACCUCUUGUCUAUCUGCCUCCAACUCCCAGUCCAUGUCUCACUCAUUCUCUGUGAGCAGUAUGGCACCAGAGCAACCCUCUCCAGCACGGCCAAGUCCCCACAAACCCAGACCCAGAGAUCCGGCUCCUGAGAGCAGAGGUGAGAAAAGACCAAGCAGGUCCCCCUCCAAACCCAACUUUGAAAGGUCAGCCACCAAAGACCCAACAGAGAAGCCCCUGGACUUGUCUGGGAGGAUGCUUGAGUUUGGCCUUCCACCAAAUGGAUUCUCUGUCAAGAUGGAUGCUUUGGCUCCAGGGAUACGCUAUGGACUUCCCCCCAGCCGAGAGCUCUUAAAGGAGACCCUGUCGAUGUCUCCUCCUUCCCUCCCUCCCUCUGUGGUCAGCAGCACUUCCUCCAAGGCCUCUGACAGGCCAGAGAUAAUCAGCACUUUACACUCAUCCUGGGUGGUGCCCACUCCCUCUCCUUCCCACACACAGCACACCCCCGGCCUGCCCUCCUCGCCACGACCCAACCCAGAUAUCUGCCCUCCCCAAGCCAAAGUCUCCUCUCCCUCUGUCAUCAAACACAAAGGCUUGGAGAGAGUCCUCCCCCAGCAACGCAGUUCGUCUUGUCCCAGGAUAGGAGAGCCAAACCAUAAUGUAUCCUCCUCUCUGGUCACCUCCAGACCCCACUCCCCCAAACCCAAUGGUGAUUGGGCCAAACACAGCCCCAACCACUCAGAACAUCCUCCAGUUCUGGGUCAUCACAGAGAAGCCACAGAAAAGUCCUCCCAAACCUCUAAGAGAGGAGAAAUGGCUCCGGAGGUGACCUCAUACAAAAGGCCCUGUCUGGAGAAUGGUCAUCCGCCAGAUCACCUUUACCUUCCUCAGAACAGUGCAUACCUGAACCACAGUUUGGCCUUUGCCAACAGAUAUCUGCACUACUCAAUUCCUGAUGGCAUGGCCCUCCACUCACUUCCUUUGGCGGGGAAAGGCCCUGUCUACCCUCACCCUGUCUUGUUGGGCAGCAACAGUCUUUACCCAGCUCACCUUGCAACCAAACACCCCAUACCCUACCACAACCUCCCAGCCGGCCCUGGAGGGGAGUACCUCACCUAUAACUCCCAGGAAAUGACCCAUCCACUGAUGCAGCCACACACAGACACCAAGGCCCAGGAAAGGGGCGAUGUAAGUGUCAAGCCCAGGGGACCAGAGAAGCCCAGGGGCCCUGUCAGUGAACAUGGAGGUCACAGAGACCGCCACGGUGGGAUGGAAGUAGGGGAACGCAGCCAAAUGAAACCUGAGAGGGAAGCGGGGGAGCUGGCUGGUAAUCAGGCAAAACCUCCCUCUUCGUCUGCAUCCUCCAGAGAGAAGAUUGUUUGCAUCGACCUUGUUCACUCAGACACAGACAUGGAGUCUACCCCUCCUGUACCCGGUGUUAAGAUAAACCAAAAUGAAUGUUACCACAGCAACCAAAAUCAGACAAAGGGUGAAUAUGAGCCAAAAAACCAACACCAUCCCUCCCAUCAUCCCAGUCACACCAGUCAAAGCUCUAUUGUAAAGCCCAACCACAGUGACAGGCAACUAGAGACUCUUUUUACAAAACCAAGGCUGUCCCUGGAUACUGGCUGUCCUGCUGUGACGUCCAGCCCACCUCCCAGAUCCCCAGGGCAGGCCCACUGGGUCGAGAAGAGUCCUGAGGAGCAGAGCCCUGCCUCAGACCCUGGAGACCAGGACCAGAGCACCUUACGCUGUGCCCGCACCUCCGGGGAGCGCAGCUCUGGAAAGGAGCCAGGAGACGGGGACCGGCGAGCCCCUCUUCAUCCUAUCCAGAGCUACACGGAUGUAGACAAACACGGGGAGCGUGAAAAUGAGACAGAGAUGGAAGACAGUCUUGUUGACCUAGAGGAAUCUCAUGGCGAAGAAGAGGAGGAGGAGGGCAAUCAGACCUCAUCCAAAAGCUCCCGGAGAUCCAGCCUGGCAAAGAGGAUAGCUAACUCCUCAGGCUAUGUUGGCGACCGCUUCAAGUGUGUCACCACUGAGCUGUACGCUGACUCCAGCAAGCUGAGCCGUGAACAGAGAGCCCUGCAGAUGGAAGUCAUAUCACAAGAGGAGAGUAAUAUAAGUCAACCUGCUGCUAACUGGGAGCGGGCGAUGAUGCGGUUCUCGGAGCUGGAGCUGAAGGAGAAGGAGGGCAGUGUGUGUGUGUCUGCCCCGGCAGCGCCGGCAGGACGCGCCCUGGCUGACAGCCAGCGCAGAGAGCGAGCACUGGAGCACUGCCAACACACCACCAGGCAGGGGGAGAGGGAGGGUAUUCGUCCAGUUUAUGGUAAUAACAGAGUUCCAGUUCUGCAGAGGUGCGGGGGCCACAGGGAGCUGCUGCCGGGAAGGCCAGAGGGGAGGCUGAGGGAGGACAUUGUUGCACCUCCCAUCUUGGCACCGGCAAACGGGCACUUUCCAGAGAAGGUGGGCACUGGCCUGGGAGCCAUCAGGAAAUGCCCCCCGGGCCUCCGAGCAGAAGAGGAGGAGAAGGAGGAGGAGGAGGCAGCAAGGGAGGAAGAGGAGCGGAUAUCCCACCCGGAGAAAAGAGCCAAGCUUUCUGCUGGUGAGAAAGAGGGUUCAUCUAAAUCCCGGUCUGAUUUGUUCCGAAGUGAGGUGGUGUUGUUGUACUGUCUGGAGAACAGAGUUUGCGAGGUGAAUCACAGGGACUACGCGGGCUACUGUGCGCUCCACGAGGCGUGUGCCCGCGGCUGGCUCAGCAUCGUCCAGCACCUGCUGGAUCACGGAGCCGACAUCAACUGCAGUGCGCAGGACGGAACCAGACCCAUCCAUGACGCGGUGGAGAAUGACCACCUAGACGUGGUGCGAGUGCUGCUGUCCUACGGUGCCGACCCCACCCUGGCCACCUACUCGGGCCGCGGCCUGCUGAAGAUGACCCACAGCGACAACAUGGAGCGCUUCCUCAUCGAUUAUUUUGCUGACCUUCAGGGCCGCUCGGAUGACGACCCAGGACUUUAUUGGGAAUUCUAUGGCAGCGCUGUGUGUGAAACUGCCGAGGAGGGCGGUGUGUUCGACAUCCUAGCGGACCCUCCGGGUCCGGAGGAGGACGAAGAGGAGGACAAGAGGGAGGUGUUUGAGUUCGAGUUCUCCGACCGGCCCCUGCUGCCCUGCUACAACAUCCAGGUGUCCCUCUCCCAGGGGCCCAGGAACUGGCUGCUGCUGUCCGACGUGCUUCGCCGUCUGCGGAUGUCGGCUCGAGGCUUCCGGCAAGCCUUCCCCCACAUGGAGGUGGUGACGGUGGCGGAGGCUGAGUUCUACCGGCAGGCCUCCCUGUCGCAGCUGUUCUCCUGCCCCGAUGAGCUGGAGGCCUUCCAGCCGGACAGCAAGGAACUGCUGGACCUGGUGGAGGGCAGCGCCGAGCUGGCGGCCCUGCUGGGCUCCACCCUGGAGUGUCUGGAUGACCACUGGGGACAGCCCGGCGACAAGUUAAAGGACAAGAUUAAGGAUCAAAUCAAGGCUGUCGGCAAAGAUUGGCUCGUUGUGACCCCCCGGGACCCUUUAAACUCCUGUUUUUGAGUCUCCCAGAGAGAGGCUUGCUUUCAGAGGAACCGGGGUUAAUCGAUGACCCGCCUUAGCCCGAAUACCUCUGUCCCCAAGCUGCGGUCCGUCUCUGGACCGGAACUGGUGCGCUGUACAGAUGGACCGACUAGCUGGCCGGACCGGGGCCGCUGACAUGUUUCCCUCCAUUCAACUGAGGGUCGACGAACAGGUGACUCGUGAAACCUAUUGGUCUUAUUUUUAUAAAUGGAUUAAUAUAUGUAUAAAUAUAAAUAUAUCAAGAGAUUUUUUUUUUCUUCUUCUUCUUUUGGAUGUUGCUCAAAACUCCUCAGCGUUUUUGUACAGCAUUUGAGAGAUGCGUGUAACUGUGUUGUUAAUGACUGGGUGGAGUGUGUGAGUGCACAGCACGUUGUAUUUGUGCGUCGCUGUACAGCAGAGAACUGAGGCUGUGCUUUUGAAUGUGGCAUUUGUGUUUAUAGGAAGCACAUGAUGUCCUGGGUUUUUUUUUUUUCCUACUCAGACUUUAGCGCUCGCUUGAGCCUCAGGGGCUUUUUUUUUUUUUUUUUAACCUGUGUUCAGAUUUUGCUUCUAAGUUAGUCCCUAAUUUAACAUGCAAAACUACAAAAUUCUUUGUAUAAUAAAGUUUUAAGAUAAUGUUGAUAUUCACCCUUCGGCACAGAGCUUGUACAUAACAGGGAGCCUAUUGCAGUAAAGUAAUUUUUGGUGUGUUCAUUUUUUUUGUUUUUUUGUUUUGUUUUUUUUGUUUUAACUUUGUAAUUAAAAUAUCUCAUCAUUUGUAUUUAUAUUUUACAAAAAAAAAGUUGCUUUAAAAUAAAUAUACAAAC